UGAGUCGUAGAAGCAACUAUUAGUGCUUACAUUAGGGUAGCUUCUUUUGCUAACAUGAGAUAUUUUGUGUUCAUAGUGUUAAAAGGAUUUUUAGAUUAAUUGAGGGGAAAAUUUAAGCAAUGUACUACUCCAUAAUAGAUAAAUUUAGACUUAUAUUUUUACUUACUAGAGUAUACUAGUUAAGUUAUAUUUUUGUUUUUUGUAUACGAGGGUAUAUUUGUUUUGAAAUAUCUCCUUUUGUGUGUGCUUUGGUUAAUUAAUCGUGUCUCAUUCCAUACCACAAAAUAACCGAUAAUGACAUUGAGUAUUUUCCAUUAACAUAAUUAAACUUCUUUUAACUAUAGAUAUAUAAUUCAAGUCAAAAACGCAUCUUAAACCUAUCAUAAAUUACAUGUCUGCAUCUCUCAAAGGGAAAAAAAUAAAGAAUUGUGACCUUCUAUAGAGCCACAUAAUGGAAAAUCUACGUAUUGAAAUUUUUAUUUUCAGUCUUGUACUAGUUUAAACUUUUUGUGAUUCAAUAUAAUUGUAGCCCUUCAAUUUCCAUCUUUAGAUAAACAUAUACACGUCAUAGGAUAUAUAAUCCAUAUCAACCAAUAGCAUUCUUUCACAGCAGAUAACUGUCCAUCCUUUGAUCAGAGUAUACACCACCACUCAUUUAUACAAAGAAUCAACCUCUUCCUUCACUACUCUAUCUACAACCUCACAUAUUAAAACCCCAUCAACCCCUACUCCCCUUUUCUUGAUUCCAAUUUUUCAAUCACAAAAGCAACAACAACAACAAUCAUACCUAUUAACAAUGGCCACUGUUACCUCUGCUGCUGUUGCUAUUCCAUCUUUCACUGGCCUCAAGGCUGGUGCUUCCUCAUCUUCCAGAGUUAGCACCGGCUCAUCCGCCAAGGUGGCAGCUGCCCCAGCUGCCAGAUUGACCGUGAAGGCGUCUUUGAAAGAUGUCGGUGCUGUUGUUGCUGCCACCACUGUUAGCGCGAUGCUUGCUAGCAAUGCCAUGGCACUUGAUGUGUUGCUUGGUGGUGAUGAUGGGAGUCUUGCUUUUAUUCCUGGAAACUUCAGCGUUAGCGCUGGUGAGAAAAUUACAUUCAAGAACAAUGCAGGGUUCCCACACAACGUCGUAUUCGAUGAGGAUGAAAUCCCAGCUGGUGUAGAUGCAAGUAAGAUUUCCAUGGCUGAAGAGGAUCUUCUGAAUGCAGCAGGAGAGACAUACAGUGUCACUUUGAGUGAGAAAGGAACUUACACUUUCUACUGUGCACCUCACCAGGGAGCUGGAAUGGUUGGCAAAGUUACUGUUAACUAAUUUUCUCACCUCUCUGUUAUGUAAAAGUUGAUUUGAGUUCCCAUCAAUUUCAACAUUUUCCUUUUAGUAUUGCCCUUCUCUUUUUGAGGUGUAAUGAAAACUCAGGAAAUUAAAGUUGCAUAUUUAUCCAUGUAAUGUCAUUUUGUGAUUAAUACCAGCUUUUUUGGACUGUAA